AUGUGCACUCUUGAGAAGCGCGGUGAUCUCUUCUUCCUAACCCUAACCGGCGACGACGAGCACCGCCUCAGCCUAACCCUCAUCGACUCGCUCCUCUCGGCUCUCUCCCAAGCCAAGUCCCAAGCCACUCGCGGCUCGGUCCUGGUCACCACCGCCCACGGCAAGUUCUUCUCCAACGGCUUCGACCUCGGCUGGGCCCAAGCCGCCGGCUCCGCCUCCGCCGCACUCGCCCGUCUCAGCAAGAUGGUCGCCGCCUUCAAGCCAGUCGUCGCCGCGCUUCUCUCGCUCCCGAUGCCGACGGUCGCCGCCGUCCAAGGCCACGCCGCUGCCGCCGGAUUCUUAUUGGCUCUGAGCCACGACUACUUCCUGAUGAGGCGCGAUAGAGGCGUGCUGUAUAUGAGCGAGGUCGAUUUGGGGCUGCCAUUCCCAGACUACUUCACGGCGGCGUUUCUGGCGAAGAUGGGGUCGGUUUCGGGUAGGAGGGACGUGAUGCUGAGGGGGAUGAAGCUGAAGGGAGACGAGGCUGUCAAGCUUGGGAUUGUGGAAUCGGCGCACGAUAGCGCGGAGAGCACGGUGGAGGCUGCGGUGCGCCUGGGGGAGCAGUUGGCGAAGAGGAAGUGGAACGGCGACGUUUACGCGGAGAUCAGGAAGAGUUUGUAUCCGGAGUUGUGCGGCGUUGUUGGAGUGGCGGUUGCUACUCCAAAGGCAAAGCUUUGA